AUGCGUCUCUUUGCUCGGCCCCCGGCCGUGCAGCCCAUGAGGCGACGCCGGACCCAUGAGGAUGCUGUUGGCUCCCCGCGCUGCCUGAGCCGGGCUGAGCAGGCAGGAACGCGGCGGCAGCUUCUCGCCUUUCCCUCCAGUAUGGGGGCGCAAGAGGAGUGGGGUGAUAAGAAACAUGUCUGCAAAUGCUUCCAGCACAGCAUUAAUAGCCUUUUGCUGGUGUGCGGCACCUACAAGCAGAGCAGCACCUGUGCAGCUGUUGGUGACCCCUUCCUUGGCAGUGAGAGCUGCCUGGGGAAGGGGGUCUGCGCGGGAAGGAGUUUUGUCUUGCAGGCCAAGAAUAAGGAAACCGGUGCUUUAGCAGCUGCCAAAGUCAUUGAAACAAAGAGUGAAGAUGAACUUGAGGAUUACAUGGUGGAGAUUGAAAUACUGGCGACCUGCAAUCACCGGCACAUCGUCAAGCUGCUGGGAGCGUUUUAUUGGGAUGGCAAGCUCUGGAUCAUGAUUGAGUUCUGCCCAGGCGGGGCGGUGGAUGCCACCAUGCUAGAGCUGGACCGGGGCUUGACUGAACCUCAGAUUCAAGUGAUUUGCCGCCAGAUGUUGGAAGCCCUUCACUACCUCCACAGCAAAAAGAUCAUCCACCGUGACCUGAAGGCAGGCAAUGUGCUCCUCACCCAGGAUGGGGACAUCAAACUUGCUGACUUUGGAGUGUCUGCCAAGAACAUGAAAACCUUGCAGAAGCGAGACUCCUUCAUUGGGACCCCUUACUGGAUGGCCCCGGAGGUAGUGAUGUGCGAGACCAUGAAGGACACUCCGUAUGACUACAAGGCAGACAUCUGGUCCCUGGGAAUCACGCUGAUUGAAAUGGCUCAGAUUGAGCCACCCCAUCACGAGCUCAACCCCAUGAGAGUCCUGCUGAAGAUUGCCAAGUCUGACCCCCCAACGCUCAGCUGCCCUUCCAAAUGGUCCCUGGAGUUCAGAGACUUCCUGAAGACAGCGUUGGACAAGAACCCAGAGACCCGACCCAGUGCUGCCCAGCUUCUGGAGCAUCCCUUUGUCAGCAAAGUGACCAGCAACCGGGCCCUCCGCGAGCUGGUGGCUGAGGCCAAGGCUGAGGUGAUGGAAGAGAUUGAGGACAGUCGGGAUGAAGUAGAAGACGACGACUCAUCAGAAUCUGCCUCACCCCCUGGAAAACACAAGCGGGACCCCUCUGAGGCAAGUCAGCUGAGUUUUGAUGGGGAGAAGCCUCCAGACUCUUCCUUGGCCAAGGCAGUGAAUGGGCCUGUGAGGACUGGCAAGGAGACCACAGAUGGACAGAGUGAUAAAGUCUCAGAUGACAGGUUAAGCAGUGACAAUGACAAACUGGAGACCAACCACUCCACAAAAACCCUCGCUGGCUCUGCCACCUUGGCCAGCCAGGGCAAGCCAGACAUCAUCUCACAGCCUGGACAGCUGGGCAACUCAGCAGAGAGGGACAAGCAGCCGAGGCCAGGCAGCAAGGAGCGGAAGAGCAUUGGGGAGCGGCCAGAGAGCAGCCACCUGGAGAACUUCAUGGAGGAGAAGCUUGCCAAUGGGAGCUUGGAUCCCCCAGCUCCAUUCCCUGGCAGCCGGUCCAAAGGGGAUUCAGAUUCUGGCAGCACUUCAGCCUCCGAAAGCAUGGACCUCACUAUCUCCCUGUCUGCUGACCUGUCCCUCAACAGAGAGAGUGGGUCCAUCUCCCUGAAGGAUUCCCGGAUGCACAAGAAGACGCUGAAACGCACCCGCAAGUUUGUGGUGGAUGGAGUAGAGGUGAGCGUCACCACCUCAAAGAUCAUCAGCGAGGAUGAGAAGAAGGAUGAAGAGAUGAGAUUCCUCAGGCGUCAGGAGCUGCGGGAGCUGCGUCUCCUUCAGAAGGAGGAGCACCGAAACCAGGCCCAGCUCAACAGCAAACACCAGCUGCAGCUGGAGCAGAUGCUCAGGCGCUUCGAGCAAGAAAUGACGACAAAGAAGAAGUUCUAUGACACUGAACUGGAAAACCUCGAACGGCAGCAGAAGCAGCAGAUUGAGAAGAUGGAACAAGAUCAUUCGCUGCGCCGGCGGGAGGAGGCCAAGCGCAUUCGCCUGGAGCAGGAGCGGGACCAUGUCAAAUUCCUGGAGCAGCUGAAGCAAAUGAAGAAGGAGGUCAAGAACGAGGUUGAGAAGCUGCCACGGCAACAGCGGAAAGGGAACAUGAAGGUGAAGAUGGAUGACUUUGCCCAGAAAAAACAAACCAUGGAACAGGAGUUUUUGGCCAAGCAGAAGGAGGACCUGGAGCUAGCCAUGAAGAAUAUAACUGCCCAGAACAAAAAAGAGAUCUGCGACAAGGAACGCGAGUGCCUGAACAAAAAACAGCAGCUCAUGAGAGACCGGGAGGCAUGCAUCUGGGAUCUUGAAGAGCAUCAGCAACAGGAGAAACACCAGCUUGUCAAGCAGCAGCUAAAGGACCAGUAUUUCCUCCAGAGGCACGAGUUGCUCCGGAAGCAUGAGAAGGAAAGGGAGCAAAUGCAGCGAUACAACCAGCGCAUGUUAGAGCAGCUGAAAAUUCGGCAGCAGCAGGAGAAAGCCCGGCUCCCCAAAAUCCAGCGGAGCGAAGGGAAGACACGCAUGGCCAUGUACAAGAAGAGCCUCCACAUCCACUCCAGUGGGAGUGCAUCCGAGCAGCGGGAGAAGAUAAAACAGUUUGCUCAGCAGGAAGAGAAGAGGCAAAAAGCAGAGCGGCUGCACCAGCAGCAGAAGCAUGAGACACAGAUGAAGGACAUGCAGGCCCAGUGCGAGAGCAACACAAACGAGCUCCAGCAGCUGCAGAAUGAAAAGUGUCACCUCUUGAUUGAGCACGAAACCCAGAAGCUUAAGUCCCUGGAUGAGAACCACAACCAGCACAUGAAGGAGUGGCGAGAUAAGCUGAGGCCACGGAAGAAGGCCCUGGAGGAUGAGCUGAACCAGAAGAAGCGUGAGCAGGAGAUGUUCUUCAAGCUGAGCGAGGAGGCAGAUGGACAGAUGCCAGCAUCCCCAACCAAACACGCCAAGUUCGUCCCGUUCAGUUCUGCAGAGAGCUCAUAACGCCUCGCAGCUGGCAGGCCACCAGCUGGUACUUGCUGUGUCCUCCUGGGCUGCAGGUGGGCAACUUGGACCUGGAAGAUCCUCUCGGCAAGCCUCUUCUUGCAACAGCACCCUCCUGUCCCUUCACUCUGUCUGGGAUAAACAUGGCCUCUGUCCUGCACUGAGGGACACUGACUGGAAGUUUUGGGUGGCUUUUCCAGGUGCUGGGCUGCUCAGCACAGCUCCAGGCUGGGAAGCCGGGCAGGACCCUUUCUGUGAUGGUGCACUGUUAGCUGGAUGUGUUGCCUCUCACGUGAGCCUGGUGCUCACUGGGCUUGUCAGCUCAGACUGAAGCAGUAACUGCUCUGAACAAGAGAAAUAGGUGAUGGCUUUUGCCCUCUGCGCAGGAAUUUUCAGCCUCUCUUUCCAAUGUGACUGCUCCUCCUCCUGGUCCUCUCUAAGGACUAGUCUAGGGCAGAGCAGCUUUGGCAUUGUCCUUGUGGCCUCCCAAUACUUGCCUUAAAUGUAUUUCUAUCUACUGUGGUCCUUUUUUGCUCAAGGGAGAGACACUGAUGUGGAUUUUUUUUGUCUUUGAGGAGGGAGGGUUGGGUUUUUCUUUCCUCUUCGUCCCCCUAUGAACUGUGCAGAAAGGGGACGUACUUCCAAAGAUGCUUCUGCUUCUUCAUUUGCUGUGAUUGCUGUCACCACAGUCCCUCUGGCACUUAGCUAACACUGUCUUAACAGAGACUAUGGCAUAAUUAAGCUGUUCAGCUGGCUGCAGGCUUUUUUCUCUUAAAGAAGUGUAUGUGUGCUUGCAGAGGAGGAGGUUUGUAACAGUGCUUGGUCCUGAGGUGACACAGUGAGGUAUUGGUCAGUCACGUGCCUUCUGCUAAAGACAAGUGAAGGGCUGAAGGGUGUCAUUGCCAGAGCCCUCAUGAUCACACAUGUGCUUGAGUUUGUUGUUUGGGUUUUUUUUUUUUGAAGUGCUCUAUAUGUGUGGGUCGUGUGGGUCAGCCAGCCUGACCACUCUGCAGUCAGGAUUGUGGGGUGCAAAGAUUUAGAAGGAAUAAAGGAGUCUUGAAACAAGGGAUGCAAGGGAAGAGGAGAUGCAAAGACAGGUCACGGUAGCUUGUUACUCUCAGCAUUGCUUUCUCCACUGAUGUCCCAUCUCCUUAUGAUUUGCCACAGUUUCUUGGAUGUUUCUCCUGGCUUUCAGCUUGGAGUCACACUGCAGAGCAGCAGAGCAGUGGCACGUCCAGCCCUCUGUUCUUUCUGCUCCGUGGUGAUGCAUCUCGGUUGGGCAGCCUUCCUCCACCUGCCCAAGGCAGUGCUUGGCUGGGCUGCUUGGUAGGACCCAGAGCACAGACCUGGGUAGGGGGACAGAGACCUCACUGGACAGCACCUUCUUUACUCAACUGAAAGGUGUAAGGUAGCACUUAAGUUUUUUGACUCUGAUCUCUGGACAACAUUGUUUGCUUUAGGCCUGUGUCCCUAGCAAGAAAAAAUGUUUCUGCUU